AGGAGGCCAUAAGAGAGAGCCAACAGUACGGAGUAUGGCUUUGGCUUCUGCCGUAUUCACACGCAAUCUGGACCGGGCUCUCUCUGUGUCUGCCACCCUGGAGACUGGCACCGUCUGGGUAAACUGCUAUAAUGCCCUCCAUGCCCAGGCACCAUUUGGAGGAUACAAAAUGUCAGGCAAUGGACGAGAGCUGGGUGAAUAUGCAUUGGCAGAGUACUCUGAGGUAAAAGCUGUGACCAUCAAACUGACUGAGACGCUGUGAGGGACACAGGAGAGCCCACAAACCACUGCUGGAGCCCAGCCCAGCACUACUCUGUCAUCAACUCAGGCUGUGUCCCAACACUCUGAAGCCACUUCCUUUCCUCAUCUUCUUAUCUCCUUUCCUUUAUCACCUUUGGUCAUAAAGAGUUUGAUUUGUCCGUGUGCUGUGC